CCAGCGUGUCACAGUGAUCCCACACUGAUAGAACAGGAUUAUUUGACCGGCAGCAGCAGAUUACUACCUGACAAGUCUUCAUCCUGUUUGUUGGAAAUUAUUUCCACAACAACCACUUCUGGCAAACACACUCGUACAGUUAUCAGCCUGAUCAUUUUGACUGGGCUGUACUACGAGGCUUGUAGAAGACACUUUAAGGACAGUGAGUGAGCGUUUUCAAAAUCCACUCGUACAUCCUGGUCUACGGUGCAAAGUCAGAGAGAAAACGCAAGUUCCCAUACCGGGAGUCGAACCCGGGCCGCCUGGGUGAAAACCAGGAAUCCUAACCGCUAGACCAUAUGGGAGCUACAUGUGAAAAUCAGGCUGCAAACAUCCGCCCAUCAACAUAAGUGUCACCGUGGAUCGAAAAAAAGAGAAAAGAAAGAAAGAAAGAAAAAAAAGUCUUACCGCAAAGAGGGCUGGGAAGGGGGUGCAGACGCCAUCUGUUGGUCAUGUUUGAGAACAGCAGCUCACUGUAACAGCUUCGGUAAAGACAGAGCACGUUACUUUCAAAUGGAGGCAGUAAACAAUUUCGUUGUGUAAUCUACGUGUACAGUGACAAUCAUGGCUAUUUUAUUCUAUUCUAGUGCUUCAAGUAUGAAAAGAUAUAGGCAUAAAUGCAAAAUGUUCAAAACCAGCAUUAUUUCAAAACUGUGAAUUUAAUACUACUGCUAAUACUGCUCUGUCUAAAUUGUUGCUCUUUGCUGCUUUACAGUGAGUUUCUUAAUUAACCCGUUUUGUUGAUGGUGAUGUAAAUUAUAAACAGCAGAUCAGCCUCAGAUUAGAGUCUGAUCUGUUGAGUACUACUGAUAAACCCUCCUCCUCCUCUGUCCUUCAAAAACCGAGCAAGGCACUGAACCGAACACCAAACUGCAGUGUGCUCCCUCCGACAUAAACAGGUAAUCAGGGAUGAAGCCGUGUGACAUAAUAUGAGUCAGUUUCAUCCUGGAUACCAGGCUCCUCUGUGCCAUAUAAAGACUGAACAGAACAGCUGGCCUCAGCACACCUGCUGCAGACACCAGAGAGGAUGAUGGCUGUACAGGUUGGCAGAGUGACUGUCCCCCUGAUGUUGAGUUUGCUUCUGGGAGCCUCAGCUUCCCUUUGGUCCCUGGCUCCUGCAGCGGCCUUCCAGCUGCCGCCCUGCCAGCUCAUCAACCAGACGGUGUCUCUGGAGAAGGAGGGCUGUCCCAAGUGUCACCCAGUGGAAACAACCACCUGCAGUGGUCACUGCAUCACCAAGGACCCUGUCAUAAAGAUACCAUUCACUAAUGUGUACCAGCAUGUGUGCACGUACCGGGGCUUGUACUACAAGACAUUUGAACUUCCUGACUGUCCUCUUGGUGUGGACCCAACCGUCUCCUACCCUGUGGCCUUGAGCUGCCACUGUGGCAGGUGUGCGAUGGACACAUCUGACUGCACCUUCGAGAGCCUACAACCCGACUUCUGCAUGAAUGACAUACCUUUCUACUACUAGUCACAAGAAAUAGCAGGAUAAACCACAAUAAAACACACAAUUAAUACAUUAUAUUUUAGCAUCAAUGUAGUAAAUAAAGAUUGUUACAUUUACACCGACCACUGCAAAGAAUUCUGUUUUUUAAAGAGGAAGAAGAGGAAGAGAGGGAUUCACUGUGGUUAUCAACUAUUUACUUUUGUGACAUGCAACAGUACAUGCAAGAUCUUAUCUGUCUGCAAGAACAUGGUUUGAAUGUGGGCGUUUUUACUGGAUUAAAAAACACAGAUAACAGUCUUGAGUUAAAAUUGUGGAAUUGUAGAAGCACAUGCAAAGUGCUCACAACGACAGAUCUUUAUGAUUUGUCUUUUUUGGUUUUCUUGCUGAUAUCAACCGUUGUUGCACUAAAUGUGAAAGUCUUAUUCUCUUCAAAUAGACACACAAUCCUGUCAUGUACUGGCUCAGUGAUCAAAAAAAGAAAAGAGAUCAUUUUUUGGUGGGGUGAUGCCAGCUGAAGGCAGAGAGAGAAGCAAGGUGUAAUCACUUGUGCUUACACGUUCACUCUUGCUGUUCAGUCUGAUUUAACUUUGACAUGAGAAAUGUUUGAGGUUCUUCUGUGUCCAGCAAGUUUGAGAGAUUGGACUGUUGCUAGCCUUCCAUCCAUGCCAGCUAUUAUAGUAUUGUCCAUGUUUUCUCCUACAUGAUUCUCAUUAGAAAAUUUCACCUAAUCCAGUUUAACUUUAAGAGCUCAGCUGAGCUACUGCAGAUCAGCCACAGUUAUGUAACUAUGGUUUCUCUCCCCCCCCCCCCCCCCCCCCUCUCUCUCUCUCCCUCUCUCUCUCUCUGUGUCAUGUUUUUCUUGAGAACUUGGCAUCAAGUGUCGACAGACACACUUCCCUAUCUGGUUUAUUUCAUUAUACCACAUGAUGUUCUGCUUUCUGCUUCAAGAAACUUCAUCAAGUGGUGAGAGUGAAAAAAUACCAAAGCAAUCUCACAACUCAAAGUACUAAAAAGUACUUUGGACUCCUGUGCGC